CCGUGCGAUGCCAAAAGUUCCUCAUCUCCAAAGUGGGCGAAGACUGGAUCUUCCUCAUUCUGUUGGGUCUGCUGAUGGCCUUGGUAAGCUGGGCCAUGGACUUUGCCAUAGCGACGUGCCUGCAAGCCCAGAAGUGGAUGUACGGCGGGCUGGAUACCAACGUCUUCUUGCAGUAUAUGGCUUGGAUUACCUACCCUAUCGUGCUCAUCACUUUCUCGGCUGGCUUCACCCAGAUCUUAGCCCCGCAGGCGGUGGGCUCCGGCAUUCCCGAAAUGAAAACUAUUCUGCGCGGGGUGGUGCUGAAGGAGUACCUGACCCUCAAGACCUUCGUGGCCAAAGUGAUUGGACUGACCUGCGCGCUCGGCAGUGGGAUGCCUUUGGGCAAAGAGGGACCCUUUGUCCACAUAGCCAGCAUGUGCGCGGCCCUCCUCAGCAAGUUUCUUUCGGUCUUUGGGGGCAUCUACGAGAAUGAAUCCCGCAAUAUUGAGAUGUUGGCGGCGGCUUGCGCGGUGGGUGUUGGGUGCUGCUUCGCUGCUCCCAUCGGUGGCGUCCUCUUCAGCAUCGAAGUCACUUCGACGUUCUUUGCUGUCCGCAACUAUUGGCGCGGCUUCUUCGCGGCCACCUUCAGCGCCUUCAUCUUCCGGGUCCUUGCAGUGUGGAACAAAGAUGAAGAAACCAUCACGGCCCUUUUCAAAACCCGCUUCCGGCUGGACUUCCCCUUCGAUUUGCAGGAGCUGCCGGCUUUUGCAGUGAUCGGGAUUGCCAGUGGCUUCGGAGGAGCCCUCUUUGUCUACUUCAACCGCAAGAUUGUCCAAUUCAUGCGUAAACAAAAGACCAUCAACCGCUUUCUGAUGAAAAAGCGCCUGCUUUUUCCUGCUCUUGUCACAUUCCUCAUAGCAACGCUGACUUUCCCGCCUGGUUUUGGGCAAUUCAUGGCAGGCCAGCUCACCCAGAAAGAGACUCUGGUCACCUUGUUUGACAACCGCACGUGGGCAAAGCAGGGCUUGGCUGAAGAAUUUGAGUUUGGCGGUGUUUCUGAAGCCUGGAAGCACCCCCGUGCCAAUGUCUUUGUCACCUUGGUGGUUUUCAUCCUCAUGAAGUUCUGGAUGUCAGCUUUGGCUACCACCAUCCCAGUGCCUUGCGGGGCAUUCAUGCCAGUCUUUGUCAUCGGCGCAGCUUUUGGGAGGCUGAUGGGAGAGAGCAUGGCAGCGUGGUUCCCAGAUGGCAUUCACACCGACAGCAACAUCUACCGCAUUGUGCCAGGAGGUUACGCAGUGGUGGGUGCAGCUGCCCUCUCUGGUGCUGUCACCCACACGGUCUCCACUGCGGUCAUCGUCUUCGAGCUGACAGGCCAGAUCUCGCACAUCCUGCCAGUUAUGAUUGCAGUGAUCUUGGCUAACGCCGUGGCCCAGAGCUUGCAGCCCUCCCUCUACGACAGCAUUAUCCGGAUCAAGAAGCUGCCAUACUUGCCAGAGUUGGGUUGGGGGCAUCAGGAGAAGUACAAUGUGCGCGUUGAGGACAUCAUGGUGCGCGACGUGCGCUACAUCACCCUGAACUGUAGGUACUGGGACCUUCAGGAGGUGUUGCACAGCACCAAGAUGAAAAGCCUAGCUCUGGUGGAAUCAGCCGAAUCCAUGAUCCUGCUAGGAUCCGUUGACCGCGCUCAGAUUGACUCCCUCCUCAACGACCAGCUGAGCUACGUUCGCCGCCGGCAGUUUAUGCAGGAGAAAGCCCAGCUGGAGCACCGGGCCCCCGAGAAGAGCCAGGAAGGCAAGGAGCCGCACCACGUGCCAGACAUGGGAGUGCGCUUUCAGAUUGUGCCAGAGGAAUCCUCGUUCCUCCCUCCACAAAGCGAAUCCCGCAAACCCCUGAAGCCGGCUCUGAAACGGGUCCCCAGCACUUUAUCGGAAAACCCUUCAGCCGGGAUGACAGAGACUCCAGGGAUCACCUUGAGGAACCUUUUUUGCGCCAACAACUCAACAGCAGAGUCGACAGAGGAAGAAUUUGAUCCAGUGGGCGAGAUGACCCCAGCAGAGAUUCUGGAAUGGGAGGAGCGACAACUUGACCAGUUGGUCAACUUCAAUAACUGCAAGAUUGAUCCGGCACCCUUCCAGUUGGUAGAACGCACUUCUUUGCACAAGACACACACCAUCUUCUCCCUCUUGGGAGUGGACCACGCAUACGUCACCAGCAUCGGGCGCCUGAUUGGCAUGGUGUCCCUCAAGGAGCUGCGCAAAGCCAUUGAGGGCUCGGUCACUGCCAAAGGCGUGAAGGUGCGGCCCCCACUGGCUAGCUUCCGGGACAGCACGACCAGCAGCAGCGAGAUGGAGGCCACUGAAAUCCACCAGCUGUGGGAUCGGAGGCAAAGACACUCCAUUCCUCGCGAGUCCAGCCCUUCCGAGAGCGAUGACAAAUGCCAGUGAUGAUGGAGCAGAUCCUGCCAACCAAGAGACAGUUCAACAUUGCCGUGCCUUGACUGUUUCUGUGGCAGCUGGACCUCUUCUGUGGAGGCCUUCACUCCACAUUCCAGCUUGGAGACCCAUGGCGACUGCUUCAACAGGAUCGUCCAUUCCUGGAAUAACUGGAGAUCUCCAUCCUGAACCUUGAAGCUGGGCCCCUGUGCUUGGAUGUGCACCCAUAGACAGCUGCACCAUUUGCCCCAUUCUUGGUCUCAGGGUUCAUUCAAGACUUUACCUCCCCACUCUCCCAUCGUCCCACUGUCCAGCAGCUCUGCUCCACCUUGGUGUGAGAGCUAGUCAGAUGAGGAGGAGGGAGGUUGAUGGAGACGGGGCGGGGGGUGAUAUUCAUGUGGGUCUUUUAAAAUACCUUCUGCUCAUCUCAACUUCCCAGUACAGGUCACUUGUACCCCAAGGCUCAUGCAUCUCCCCUGGGCCAUCUCCAAGCAUAGUUGAAGACCUCAUUAACCUGUUCCCAGCAGCUCUGCAGGUGGAUUGGGCCACCCCACCUGGAAGGAGCUGGUUUAGCACCUGUCUUCCUUACGUAUUCUUCAGUCUUGUCACUGUGCUACACUUCAGGCUUGAAAGGAAAAAGGAACUUUGUGGCAUGCAUGGACGCCUCAUGGCCUCUGUGGGCAACUUCCUAACGCAGGUGCUGAGACCUCUGGGCGUCCUUUUGCACGCUCCGGAUCUUCCCCUUCAAGUCUUAAGCACUGCCCAGCCGGACUGUGUAUGACUAGCUCUCUGUUUAAGAGAAAUGGAUAAGGUUGAAGGCGUUUGGGGUUUUGUUGGUGUGACUUUAUGAUACGUGGUGCCCGAAUAAAGCAAACACUGGAUCUCUUGA